GCGCAAAGAGACUCUGCCCCACGUUACCAACAAAAAAAGUGAUCCCUGUUUAAGAUUGGGGUUCACGUGGUAUUGAAGGGCGUCUCGUCGCGCAAUUCGACAUGCUGGGCUUUCGAAUGUCGGCCUAAAUCCAAUGACGGACAAUCAUCCUUCUCCCGAUUACUCCCGCCCUCAGUUUCCUGCCCAUCAUGAGCCACGGGUAUGGGUGAUUACGGCUGGAGACUCGCCUAUCGGGAUAUCAGUUACUCGCCAAAUCCUCAAGCAUGGUGACUGUGCUCUGGUAGGACGGGCAUAUUCAGAGUCUGAUCGGGACGAAUGUCGUCGCGAUGGCUUCGACGCAUUUCUGGCGGAGAUCGAAAGCCACAGCGACGAGGGCUGGGGGCAGCGGUUCAUGGCUGUUCCCCUCGAUAUAAGAAUGGUCGGUGAAUGCCAGGCAGUGGUCGCGCAAGCUGUUGCGACAUUCGGAAAAGUAGACAUUCUCCUUUGCUGCACAAGUCAAGCCCUCAUUGGUACAGUGGAAGAGCUAGCAGUUUCCCAGCAGACCUUGAACCUGGUUCGGGAACAGUUCGAGAUUAACUACUUCGGCCCCUUGAACAUCAUCAAGGCGACACUUCCCCAUAUGCGUAGACAAAAGUCAGGGCAUAUCAUGAUCAUUUCUGGCAUAACUGCUCACAUCGGCACACCGGGCCUAGGAAUGUACUGCGCUGCAGGCUGGGCUCUUGAGGGCUUCUGCGAUAGUCUCGCAUACGAGAUAGCCCCCUUCAAUGUCAAACUUACCAUCUUCCAGUGUAGCAUCGAAAUUGGGAUCCUCACCAAUCUGGUUACCAGUGUCCCUCCAAUCACUCCCGUCUACUCUUCCUCGGUCAAUCAUGCGCCAUUGUUCCGCGGGAUCUUAAAUCGUCUCGUCUCUCGCCUGCCUAACCACGAUGCUCGUAACCCGGGUUUAGCAAAUGGCUCGGUCAGCUCCCAUCGAGGUAAUCCUGUCGAGGACGGUCCAUUCUCUGCGCCAGAUGUCAUCUCCACGUACCCUCCGCUCAGCUCUGCGCACAUGGAAGUCCUGGUUACCGAGACCGUGUAUGCUAUAACGGCAAUUGGUGGUCACGAAAACCCACCCUCGCGACAUAUUGUGGGCCAGGAGGGUGUUGCUAGUGUAAAGGAAAAAUUGAAGACGGUCAGCGAAGAACUCGAGGACUUCAUUCAAUCAAGCUUUGCUGUUGACUAUGCGGCCGAUGAUACUAGCCGGGUACCCAAGGAUGACGGCAUGGGCACUGGUCAGGAAGCAACCUGAAGCAAAGUUCAUGAUUUAGCUAAUAAAGCAUGGCGACAUGUUGUCAGCCAGCCAAUCUCAUACGAUUUCUUCUAUCCUAGACUAGUCCAAUGACAGGCUGUGUUUAGAUCGAAUUCGAGACGGUACCUACAUCAACUAGGUUGAUGUUCCCUUCUUGUUCUCGCGCAAGAACCAGGCGUGUCUGACUUCCCACAAGCU